AUGCCACCAUCCAAGUGGGACGACGCCUCGGAGCGCCAAAUGCUCCUCGCCCUCAUCCACCUCAACCCCCCAACACGCGUCUCCUUCGGCAGAGUCGGCGAGAUGCUCGACGCCGACUUCACCGGUGAAGCCAUCCGACAGAAGUACAUGAAACUGAAGAAAGCCGCCGGCGCGCAGUGGGGCAACGUCGAAGUUGAUGGCGGAGAGGGCAAGACGCCCGUUAAGCGUGGUGGCGGAAAGAAGGCUGCCGGAGAGACGAAGACGGGCAGUGCGAAGCGCAAGGCUAAGAAGGAUGUGGACGAGGGUGGUGAGCCGGAGGAGAAUAGCGAGGAGUCUCCGUCGAAGAAGGUCAAGGUGGAGAGGAGUGGUGAGAAUGAGGAUGAGGUUUAG